UCCAGCCGUCCAGGCUCGGGAACAAAGGGAAGCGGCCCCGGGGCUGCAGCCGGGAGGCUGAACGGCCACUUCGCCUCGCCUCACUUGGUCUCUGCGCUCCGCAGAUCUGGCCCUUCCCUUUCCCCAGUACUGAGGUCCAGCUCUUUCCCCCACCUUCCCGACAUCACCAAUGCGACCAUGGGAACUGGUAGUGAAUAGGCGGCCACCCUCAGCCCCCUUCAACCAGCACCGAUUCUCCGGGGGACCUUGCAGUACCCCAGCACUCCUCAGGCGAAGCCCCCCCACCCGGCGCCAGUUGGGACGACGUGAUCGCCCUUUGCCCAGCUUCCUCACCCAGGAUGAAAGCUUCCUGUCGACGGCAUUCCCCCCCCAGCUGCAGCCUCAGCACCUCCCCAUAGAGGAGCCUCGCACCUUCGCCCUCGCCGGCACAUCACCCCGAAUGCUCCACCCAGCUGCCCAGCAGACCCCAUUCAUGGUUGAUCUCCACGAGCAGGUGCACCAGGGGGCCGUCCCUCUGUCCUACACGGUCACCACGGUAACGACUCAAGGCUUCCCCCUCCACACAGGCCAGCAUAUCCCUGGGUGCAACACGCAGCAGCUCCCAGCAUGCUCCGUGAUGUUCAGCGGGCAGCACUACCCCCUCUGCUGCCUCCCACCCCCACUGAUCCAGGCGUGUGCCAUGCAACAACUCCCCGUCUCCUACCAGGCGUUCCCCCCCCUCAUCUCCAGUGACCAUUAUAUCCUGCACCCACCACCACCAGGACCCCCCCACCAGGCCACCCACAUGGCACCACUGGGCCAGUUUGUCCCCCUCCAACCUCAGCACCCUCGAAUGCCCUUGCAGAGGAUAGACAAUGAUGUGGAUCUUCGAGGGGAGCAGCACCCCAUUGGGGGCUUCACGUAUCCUGCCUCCCACCAUACCCCGGCCCUCUCCCCAUCUGUCCCCCUGCAUUACCUCCCUCAUGAGCCCCUGCACCAGGAACUGCCAUUUGGUAUGCCAUACCCUCAUAUGAUGCCCCGGAGGCUGAGCACUCAGAGGUAUCGACUGCAGCCGCCUCUGCCCCCGCCACCCCCACCGCCACCACCACCACCGCCACCCCCACCACCAACCUAUUACCCCAGCUUCCUGCCAUACUUCCUAUCGAUGCUUCCCAUGUCCCCAACAGCCGUGGGCCCCACGAUCAGCCUGGACCUAGACGUGGAUGAUGUGGAGAUGGAGAAUUACGAGGCAUUACUGAACCUGGCAGAGAGGCUGGGAGAGGCCAAGCCCAGGGGACUCACCAAAGCUGACAUAGAACAACUUCCAUCCUAUCGAUUCAACCCUGAGAGCCACCAGUCAGAGCAGACGCUGUGUGUCGUCUGUUUCAGUGACUUUGAGGCCCGGCAGCUUCUCCGAGUCCUUCCCUGUAACCAUGAGUUCCAUGCCAAGUGUGUCGACAAAUGGUUAAAGGCAAACAGGACCUGCCCCAUCUGCCGGGCAGAUGCCUCAGAAGUACACCGGGAGGCCGAGUGAGCUCGGUCCACAGCCCUGGAGGCCCAGAGAAUCUUGGGCAUGUGGCCCAGGAGUGGGGGAGGGGCCCAAGCUCUGUUACCCACCUCCCUCUUGUUCCCCUGAGCCCCUCCUUGGAUUGGCUAAGAAGAUGGACAGUGUCAGACCCUGGACUCCCACCCACUCUGGGCCGGGCCAGGCCACAGCCACCUGUUCCCCCAGAGCAGGGUCUGGGCUCUGGCCCGUCCUGUCCUUGAGGAGAAGAGCUGCUACCCACAUGUUUACCAGCCUCCAAAGACUCCUCCCGUCUCCUCCCGCCCACUGCUGCCACUGCCGCCACCUCGGGGCUGCCUCAGUAUUUGAAGCUCGUGGAGUUUCCUGCUUGGGUCUGUCUCAUUUUGCCUCUUGUUUCUCACCCCUCGGCUGUCCAGCUCUCCCCUCCCUCCCUCAGGGCAGGGCAUCCUCAGAGAUCUGGAGGCUGCUGCCCCUCCCCACCCCUGGCUGGCUUCUCCUUCCCCACUCCACCAGAGGGGCACCUGGUUUCCUCCCUCCCAUCCCUUCCUUCUUCUUGCAAAGAAUGCAAGACAACAUGGAGGAGCUGGUGGCCAGAUGGGGCGCUGGCCGCCCCUUCCCCCCCACCCCCUAAGCAUUGACAGACAGGUGUACGGGUCUGGCCCACGGGGAAUAGGACCUGAGCUAGUGUGCCAAGGUCAAUGCCACUGAGUUCCUGUCUGCCCCCAAUGAACUUUCUUUUGCACUGAAAUGGGGUUGAUUCUGGCCAGCACCUGCCUGCCUAUCUGCCUGGUUUCUUUGGACAAGAAGGGAUCAGUUUAGAAAUUUCUUGUCUCUCUCUUGCCCUUGGGGUAGGUAGGGGAAGACUUCUCUACUCCCUGCACCAGCCACAGCUCUGGAGGAUUCCCUCCUCCCCCAGCAUAGCCUUGGGUUUGGAAAGAAGUCUGUUUUCACCCAUCUUUCCACCUCCCCUGGGCCCUUGGGUUGGGGCAGGAAGGCCUUCAACACCUUCCCCACCCCUAGGAUUAACCAGUCUUGGAGGUGGGGGAAGGGAGGAGGAGGGGAGGUACAGGAGAGCUGAACAUCAUCGUCACUCCCUCAUCUCCCUGGUCACUACAUUCCAGCCCAGCCUGGCCUUGACAGCCUCCCCCCAGCUCCAGGGCAGUAGAGAAUCCAGGCUGGUUCUGGAGGCAGCUGGAAAGAUUGUCUAUCUUGGGGCAACCAACAGACAGCAAAGCACUGUAGUGGAGGGGAGGUCUCCCCCUUUCAAGGUGAGCCGGGGGAUUCCCCCUGUCCCCAGGAGAAUGUAUGCCCUGGGCCUGUCCCUGAAUGGGAAUGGUGCAUGGGGAGGGCCUCCGGCAGCCCCUCUAGGACAUAUAAAGGGGGCUCAAGGCAGGGGCAGGAGGGGAGAAAAGAGCUGUCCCCCAGCUCCCAGAUUUCUCCCCAGACAUUUUGCAUGAUGUGUUGAGCAGCAGUUUUUUUCCAAAAUCGUGUGUGGGGUGUUUGUUUGUUUGUUUGUUUGUUUUUUCCCCCUAUUUUUGUUUCUUUUGGGGUUUAAAACAAAAACCAAGUGUUAGCAUUAGUGCAAGGAAGAUGAGGAGGAGGCCCUACCCCUAAUCCUAUAACCUGUGUAAAUGUUCACCAAUAAUAUGCAUGCGUGUGUGCCCAGGCCAGCCUAACCCAGCCCAGCCAACUGUGGGGCAGGCAUGGGGCAUAGGGGCCAGGGCAGGGUGUCUAUGCUCAGCCAAUAACUGCCAUGCAUUGUACUGCACAUGUCCACAGACGCCUGACCAGGACCCAAAGUCGUUCCAGGCAUUUUAUUCUCCUGUUCCCCAUCUCUUAACAUAGCCAGGGUGGAGAAACUGAGGAGAGCGAGGGUGGGGGCAUGCCAGGCCCUGGGGAGAGAAGGGUUAGUGAUUGAGACUUGAGGCUCACGAUGCCCUUCUCCCCCAGCAUGAUCAGGCCUGUAGCUCCAAGGAGCCCCAUGGUUAGGAGGGAUGAGAUAGCUCAGCUUCCUUCUGGGGGGAGCAGGGAAGAGAGCCUAACUUACCCCUCUUCUUGGGGUGGGGUACCCAUUCUGAGGUAGGAGUCUUGUCUCCCUCCUGGCUUAGGGGACCAUCUUUGGGGAACAGCAUGGUGCCUCCAGGGGCUCCCUUUGAUGGGUCCUCCAUGGCAGCCAACCCAGACCCUCUUCUCAGUCCCACCUCCACCUCCCCCAGCUCACCAGGACACCACCUGCAAAGCGAACUGCGUGUAGGGCCUGGCACAUCUGAGCAGGCUGUCCCCUCUCAGCCUCCCCUUCCCCAGGCUCCUGUUGCCUCAGGAAUGGCCCAAACACCGUGUUCUCUUAAACAUAGCGGCCCUCCCCCUUGGCCUGGGUGGGGUCCAUCUGCUGUGUCCCAGAACUCUCUGGGACCAGCUCCUCUCCUCCCCCUACCCCCACCGCUUGCCACAGAGAACCCAAAGUCUUACUGUAUAUAUUCCGCCAGGUGACAUUUCUAUAUUUAUAGCCAACAGUGUUGAGAAACCCAUCUGUUUCACUCCUCACCCCUGACCCCACCCUGGACCCCGUAAAGGUAACCUUAUGUUAGGUAAGGACACCCUUCUCGGAGUCUAACCCACUCCUUCCCUUCCCCCCCCUUACGGUUCCCUGGCAGGCAGAUCGAAAGGCUCACAGCUCCUGGGCUGCAGAAUUUAUCCUGAUGAGCAGCUAGAAAAACAAAACAAACAAAAAAAAAUUUAAAAGAGAUCCUCGAAAAAGAGAUAAAAAAAGAGAAAAACCAAUAUUUAGGAUGUUUGUGAUUUGCUGACUGCGCUGUAGAUGCCACUGUUACCAAUGAUUUCCUGUGGUGGGGAUGGUGCAUUGUUUACUGUUUUAAGUUCUUGCACCCCUGGGCCUGGCAGCUGAGGGCCAGCCCCUCUGCCCACCUGCCCCGCCUGGGGCCCAUGUUCUGUGUUAGAAAGUUUUUAUAUAUAUAUAUAAAUAUCUAUAUAUAUAUAUAAAUAUAUAUAUAAUUUUUUUGGCUCUGUUACUUGCACAUUUUACAGUUACCUCAUUUUCCCCAUGUAUGUAUUUGAAAAAAAAAUGCUAAUAUAUAGAGAAAAAAAUGGUUCUUAAAAGCUCUAAACGUGUGGUUUCAAUUUUGUUCUCUUCCAUUCCAUUGGACCCAUCUUGGUUUGUAGCAUUUACCAUAACUAGUAUGUUGUAUUAUAUAUGUGGAUACUGAUUGAAAUUUUUAACAGAUUUGUACUUUUUUUAAAAGGAAAGUUGCUAGUUCUGCUUGACCAAGUAGUGCAAUCAUUAUUUUUUUUAAUGUUGUGGCUGAUUUAACAGGGAUAU